AUGCCGCCGCAACUUCACAACAGGAGCGUCAAGCCGGGCACACAGGCGAGCAAUGGAAUGAGGCCUAGUCGUUCAGCAAACGUUCGUCUAUCGUACGUGGACCUGGACGAGGAGGAGGGCCCUCCCCCGGAGCGACACCGGCCAGACCGUCUGGAGGCCAUCAGCCGCACCACGAGGUUCUCCCGCCAGGAGAUCCGCUACAUCUACCGCACCUUCAAGCAGGAGUGCCCCAGCGGUGCCAUCAACGAAGCCACCUUCAAGAGCAUCUACGCCAAGUUCUUCCCGCUCGGAGACUCCAGCCAGUACGCGCACUACGUGUUCGCCGCACUGGACCGCAGCCACACGGGGACCGUCACCUUCGGCGACCUCAUGCUGGGCCUGUCCGUCGUCAUGAAGGGCACGCUGCACGAGCGCCUCAGAUGGGUCUUCUCGCUGUAUGACGUCAAUCACGACGGCUGUAUAACGAGACAAGAAAUGCUGGAGGUGAUUUCGGCCAUUUACAACCUGGUGGGUGAUGCCAAAGACGCAUCACACACGCAUCGUACGCCGCAACAGCACGUGGAGAGGAUCUUCAAGAAACUGGAUCUGAACCACGACGGCGUGAUAACAGUCGACGAAUUCAUCAACUACUGCUCGGCGGAUGAAAAUGUUCGCAACUCAUUUGCUGUCUUCGACGACCUCUGGUGAAACCUGGAACUGGCUUCUAAACUCAGAACAUUUUGAAAAGUUUCAAGACUGUGCAUCUUGUGACAGGAAAUAUUGGUGUGAACACUGUGGAAUUCUAUGUGGAAUUUUUUCCCAGAACCAGUGGUUUUAUAUUCUGCAGUUCUUAUCAGCUCUGCAGUUUGCAUAAACAUACCGAACAAUAAACCAAGCUUCGUAGACACCCCAAGUUCACCUUGACAUAUCUUAAAGCUCAUCCUACACAGGCAUCAUUUAUACUAAGGAAACUGAUAAAUUAAAAUUUAGGAGUACAGUACGGUAUUUGGAAGGAUUUGCUGGCUCAUAUCCCAUCUUCAACUUCUCCCAGUAAUAUUGCUGUUGCUACAUGCUAUUGCUUUGGUCAGAUCAUUCAUUAUGGCAAGUUUUGUAUUUAUUGUCAGAAAAUGUGUACCCAACUAAUUAAUUUAUUUGUAAUUAUUAAUGACUGACCAAAAUAAAUAUUCAUGGCACCAGAAAUUCACAAUUUUUUGUCUUUGAAUUUCAGAUAAAAUUGUUAGUCAUGUAGGCAAGGUUUCUGAAAAUUUAACCAAAUCACAAGCCGAAGGUUUGUCAGAUCCUAAGUGUUUGUAGAAAUUUAUUCAGGGUGUGGGGCAAGACUUUAAAAUUGCUAGAUAUAAAUUAUGUAAGAAUCACUGAAGCCUUAGUGUAUUGUCACGCUGUGAUAACAGGAAAUCACCCGUAGAAUUAUGUAAGAAUUCUAUACUGAAUAAACACCCUGUACUCCAGAUUCCAGGGGGUUGGAGUAAGUACCCUCUCUUGACCCCCUCCCUCGUGGACACCUAUGUUUACGUCCCUACUUAAGCACAUAAGGAUUUAUUGUCAUAACAACCCAAUGUUAAGUUAUUGCUGUCAACUAACAUUUAUGUAUCUAUACAAUUAAGAUUAUCAAACAUCAAGUUCAUAUUUAGAGAAGAGGGGCCAAGUGUUUAGUCACUGCUUCAUAAAGUAGCCUAUCUAUGCCAACAUACUAAGUGACAGCAAGUCCUUCCAGACCCUCACACUGAGAAGAACAUAAACACGAUCAAUAACAAAUCUAUCAUUGUGCAAAAAUAACUUGUUCUCUUCUAUUAACAGACUGAUAAUUACAAAGUUCUCUCCAUGAAACUCUUUACACAUUUCACGAGUCUUUCUUUUUAUAUCGUCCCUGAUAUAUGUGGGUCCAAAUCAAUUUUGAAAAUAUGUGCAUUCUUAUAUCUCUCUUUCCAGACAUCCAAGACUCACUUUGAAAUUUUAAUGAAGGAAACUCACAUUCGAGCAGCUAAACUCAGUGUUUUUUCCCGAAUAGCUGGCCUAAGACCAGAAAUGUCUAUGGCAAGGAAUACUGCUGCAAAAAUCAGACAUAAUUUUGAAAAAAAAAAUACAGCACACUAAAACUACUUGAAGGUGCCUACAAAAUGUUUUUAAGCAAUCAGAAUUUAGAUGGACAAUGUUACUUAAGCAUAUAUGCUAUUUUUUAUUUUUCUGUGCGUAUGUUCUACAACACUACUCAAAAACAUUCUCGGUUCUUCCAGAGAACUAAAUGAUAUAUAGCUUCUUCUGCUUGUUAUUUUGAAAUUACUGUCAAAACAGGCUUUUGAGACACAAAUCCAGGCUCAAAUUUUUUGCACAACUAAAUACGACUAUAGGUACCAUGAACUGCACAUAGGCCUAUUUUGAAAAUAAAAGGUAACUCAACAAUUCUGGAUGUACAAUUUCUAAUCAGUUUUUCUUAACAGACAUUUUUUAUAUUCUUGAUGUUAGCGUAUUGUCAUAGAAAAUGUUUAUGUAUUCAAAAAUAUAAUGUUCAGCUCUAUGAAUACUGGCUUCAUGGCAAAAUUUCAUACAUUGGUUGAAAUCUACACUACGCACUGGUCAUUGUACAGUAUUUUGAUAAUCAGCAUGAUGGAUAUUGUUUUUGGCAUUCUAAACUGAACAUAUUCCAUAUUUCUGGCAUUAUUAGUCUGGAAACUCCACUCAAGAUCUAUUAGAGAGAAUACAGAAGAGACGUGUGACUGGUAGAAAAAGUUAGUUGCAUUGCUUCUUUUUCUUAAUAGUUGUUCAUGAGAUACACUGACAGUGAUAUGUGCUUAUCUGAAGUUACUAGUAUUUUUCUGAUUUUAAGUGUUACCACAAGUUUUACGGCAAAUUGGUCAGGUUUUGCCAUGGAUCAAAUGCCGAAAAAGUCUUUCACGAAACAGUAUUGUGGAAAUUCAUUGUGCCAACAACAAUUGUUUCUAUAUUUGAUGGGAUAUUAAGCUGCUUGUUAUCAUCAUGUCACAGGACAUGGUUUGAUAUAGUCUGUAUGAAUAUAAAGGAAUGACACACCUAGAAAUAAAAAAAUUAUAUUGGUGUUUGGUGAACUAGUUGACGUAGAAAUGAGUGUGUUUGUGAAAAAUAUUUCAUAAUUGUUAAAUGUUUCACAUUUAUCUCUAAAAAUCUUUUACCUUUUCAAACUGUAUCUUUUAGCCACACCCCUAUGAGUUUCCUGUAUCUUUGAAUAUGUUACCCCAGUAAUAAAAACUGGUAUGCAACCAUUGGAAAUGGGAUUGAUGGGUACACACCUGAAUUAAAUAUGACCAAUGAAAAUGAAAUGUAAUGUCAUUUUAAAAAUUUACUGUUGUUGGAUUUUUAAAAGAAAUUGAAGUUCAUAUACUUUUGUAUCCCAGUAGUAUACAUAAUAACCAUGUCUGCAGCCUUCAUAUUGUUUUGAAUAAAUCAAUAAAUAAAAAAAGAUCAUAUAUUUAUAUACUACCUCCUUACACCUGUAAAUGGCCUUUCACCACUCUAUCACACUUUAAUUUUAUCCAUAAAAUGUGACUAAUACAAACUGUACCUAAUGUAAAUACUGUUGCCAUAAAUGUGUGAUAAUUUUGCCAUCAACAGGCUUUUUACCUAAAGUACUGACUUAAUGUCCAUUUAAAUAAACAUAUGUUAUGAUAGACUGUGUACAUAAAUCAAACAGUGUAUCC